AUGCCCAGCUUGGUGAGGAAGUUUGUUAUCUUCGCUGCUGUAGAUGGCCUUAUUCUACAACAGAAUGAUCGCGGACAGCGGAAUUCGAGUAACGGCAACCUGUCCGUUCAGAUCGAUUACAAGACGAGGAAGAUUACGUCGCUGUCGCAAGCUCGUUCCGAAUCCUCCGUGAAGUCGACCUCGCCGUCUUUAGAGGCGUAUGGACUUGUGGGACUGCUCGAUAUUGCCUCAUCCUCGUUCCUGAUACCCAUUACACAACGCAAAGAAGUCGCCCAAAUUUUAGGAAAACCGAUCUAUGCCGUUACAAACGUCGCCAUAAUUCCUUUAACAUCCCAAGACGAUGCAAACCGCGCCAUCAUCCAGGCGCAAAGCACUUCGAAACAGUGCGAAGAAGAGUCCGACCAGAAUACAACUGAUGAUGCAUCCGGUAGCGAAGCUACCAGUGAGGCCGACAGUGGCGAUGAGGGUAUAAUAACCUCGCCCGCUGUAAAUUUCGAUAAUCCGGGGGAGCAAUCGCAGAGCAGUGUUGCGCAAGAUGUGAUUGAAAACAAAGGCCGCAAUAGCCGAUUUGUGCUUACUUGGUUCUCGAGGAAGCGAUUGGGAGCCGCAGAAAGUUCUCCUCCCCGUUCCAAGUCUGACCCAUACCCGUCCAAGACUGAGAAAGCGAGGGAUACAUCCCCAGCUCAAGCAGAACCUCUCCAAGAGUCCGAAGAGGUCCGCACUGAAGCCGAGGCUGCGCCUGCCGUUGAAAAGGCUGCUGAGGACGUUGAAUCUCAGUCUCAACUCACUUCUAGCAAGACCAUAGAGCUUAUGCCAAAACUACUAAGAACUGCUCAACUGCCACUACAUGUACUUGCUGAUCGAAUAUACUUCUGGAAUAAGCAUUUAAUACAGCCAUUUAUUGACGGCGGCGACGCCGCCCGAUCAUUCGUUUUGCCACUAAUACAAGGUUUCGUCGGCCAGCGAGAUUUCACGGUUGCGUCUAUAAAGGACCACGUUGAGGAUUUAGAAGUUGAGGCGCCUGACGACGUUAUCCCCUCUCCAGCUACAGUGGCUAAAGAGGAAAUAAGCGAUGAGACAUUGGCAGAAGAUCCAAGGAAACAGAAUUUCCUGCUUACGCUUAUCUCUCGACGGUCUAUCCAACGUCCUGGGUUGCGAUAUCUUCGACGCGGCGUGGAUGAUGAGGGCAAUGCAGCCAAUACGGUAGAGACAGAACAGAUACUGUCAACUCCAGAAUGGGACGCAUCACGAAAAGUGUACUCCCUCGUUCAACUCCGCGGAUCUAUACCACUAUACUUUACCCAGUCACCGUACUCGCUGAAACCGAUACCUGUUCUCCACCACACCUACGACACAAAUCAGCUUGCCUUUGCUCGUCAUUUUAGAGAGCUGUCCCGGAAGUAUGGCAAGAUACAGAUAGUGUCUCUUGUGGACAGGCAUGGGGUGGAAUUAAAGAUUGGCGAAGCGUAUGAGUCUUACACACGGGCCUUUAAUGAGAACGAAAGUUCUAGUGGUCUCCAUUUAGGCUUUGAAUGGUUUGAUUUCCAUCACGAAUGCCGCGGGAUGAAAUUCGAAAACGUCAAGUGCCUUGUGGACAAGUUGGUUGACACUACGAUGGAUUUUGGAGAGACGAUAAUCCUAGGGAAUUCACUGUUGAAGGAGCAGACGGGCAUUGUUCGCACUAACUGCAUGGAUUGCCUAGACCGUACAGGAGUCACACAAUGUGCCUUCGCUCAAGGUUCAUUGGAGCAGUCACUGAAAAGCGAGGGUUAUACGAUUGAUCUUCGAGGGGACGCAUCGACGCAUUGGUUCAAUACCCUUUGGGCUGAUAACGGAGAUGCCAUCUCGAAACAGUACUCUUCAACCGCAGCUCUGAAGGGUGACUACACACGGACAAGGAAGAGAAAUUAUCAAGGUGCACUGAAUGACUUUGGUCUGACAUUAUCACGAUACUACAAUAAUAUCGUCAAUGACUAUUUCUCACAAGCAUGUAUCGAUUACCUGCUUGGUAAUGUGUCCAUCCAAGUAUUCAGCGAGUUUCAGGAUAACCUGAAAACCAUCGACCCUGGCAUUUCCAUAGCGAAGCUGCGACAAAACGCCAUCGAGACAUGCAGCAGGCUUGUCGUGGACGAUGAAGCGGAGGAGCUUGUCGGGGGCUGGGCUAUGCUAAGUCCUCGGCAGCCCAAUACCUUACGAACUUUUCCUUUCGAAGAGACCGUUUUAUUGCUCACAGAUGCCGCGUUAUAUAACUGUCGGUUUGACUGGAACACGGACAAGGUCCUCUCCUUUGAGCGGAUCAACUUGAGCUCCAUUCGCCAUAUUAACCACGGAACCUACAUAACUUCUGUCUUGACAGAUGCCCAGACCGACGAGCAGCGCAACGUUGGUAUGGUAAUCAUCUAUCAGUCCAGCGAUUCCAACGCUUUUCGAGUCAACACGCGGUCGCUCCAGAGCAGUUUCAGCCAGGAUCUUCAAGACACGCCGGAGAAACCGGAGGAAUGGAAUCUAUACUCCUGGCUCAGCGGCACGAAACGGACGACUAUGCGGUUGAUGGCUUUCAAGGCACUCGCUUCGUCAACUUCAGUAACGGUUAACAACAGCUCGUCCUCGGAGAUUGCCAUCAGCGAGCGGGUAGCUAUCCAAUCUAUAUGUGAGGAGAUAGAACGAGCCGUCAAGGCAGGACAAAUAAUGAAAGAAGGGGAGGAAAGCAGUAGCAAGUCUAUUGUCGAGGAGAAGGACAUUAUUUCGCUCGCAGAGGCUAAGAAGAUGACAGGGUAUCUAGAGCAGCUUGUUUACGAUGUCAAGAAGCUGGUGUGGGCGUAG